AUGCCUUCUUCGUUGUAUCCAAGACCUGGUGAUCUCAUUCAGUUCCAGAAGGAGUUGUACACCCAUUGGGCAGUACUUGUUCGCGAUAAAUACAUUAUUCAUGUUCAAGCACCAGAAGGCGAUGGCAAGGCAGGAGAAGUCAUCAUUCGCAAACAGUCACUUGAUGAUUACCUCAGAGCGGCGCGAUUGGAGAACAUAUCCUAUGAGCUGUGGAUCGAUGUUGAUAAAUAUCGUAUGGGUGCCAAACAAGUACAACAAUGUUGGGCAUCGGUGAACAACAGCUUUGACAACAUCAAAAAGCCAUUCAACGUAGAUGAAAUCAUUAAAAGAGCGGAAUCGAUGAUUGGAACUAAGUGGAGCUACAACUUGUUCAGCCACAACUGCGAACACUUUGCUCACUGGUGUCGCUAUGGAGUAAAAGUAUGUAAGCAGUCGCCGAAUACCACACAAUAUGAAGAUGAAAACGGCUAUAAAUUUGAAAGCGCCAGAAUUGGUGGAACCAACUUCGGACCAAUCGAUUUCAAGGUUCCAAGUUCGGCUACUAUUACCGAGACAGGAGAUGGUCGUAUAGAACAUCGUGCAAACGGCGAACUAUUUAGUCUUGGGAUUGCUAAUAUGGCGAGAGCAAGUGUUGGUGCUGACGGAAGAGCUGCAGGCUACCGUGACGACAACGGGAUAGGAUUCAAGGCGGAAGUAAAAUUCGGAGAAGCUGACUUAGGCCCAUUGAACUAUAAGCUUGGAAUCUCCGUAUCGACUGGCAUCGACACGAAAGAAGGACUGAAAGUAGAAGUACUCGGAACAGGUUUCGACGCAAACUCAGAUAGAUUGGAAGUCAAGAUUCUGGGAAACUCGGUGGCACUCACUUAUCCUUGGAAAUGGUUCGGAUAA